GAGGCUUCUGGAAACAAAGCAAGACCUUUAUUUCAAGCUAUAUUUAAAAGAUCUGUGUUUCCUGGGCCUAGUGACAGUACCUGUUCCAGUCAGCACUGCCACAACUGCUACAAUGGAGGUGGUUUCAGCAGAAGUCAACAGCCUGCUCCCUGAGGAGAUAAUGGACACUGGUAUAACUCUGGUGGAAGACGACAGCAUAGAGGCAGUUAUCGUGUCGUCCCCCAUGGCAGAUUCUAUUCCGAUGGAAACAGAACUGGAAGAAAUAGUAAACAUAAGCUCCACCAGUGACUCCUCAGCUACUACUACGGCCGUAGUCACCACAGAACCAGUCACUGCACCCAGCAAUCACUCGGGGGACGUGACGGUGAACACCACAACUCCAAAAACUGAUGUGAAUGCAGUAGUAAAGCCUACGUUUCCAAGCGGUCUCCAUAAACUCGGUGCUCAGACCCCUGUCACUAUAUCAGCCAAUCAAAUUAUUCUGAACAAGACCGCCGAUAUUAAAAUAGGGAAUCAGAGUAUUAAACCGGAUGGGCAAAAGCUAAUUGUGACAACUUUGGGCAAGACUGGCCAGCCUAUUGUUUUAGCAUUGCCCCACAGCCAACUCCCGCAAGCGCAGAAGGCGACAUCCCAGGCCCCAGGUCGAGACUCCAAGGUACAAGGCCAGCAGAUCAAAGUUGUCAUUGGAGGUCGGUCAGAAGUGAAACCUGUUGUGGGUGUCUCAGCUUUGACGCAAGGAAAUCAGCUGAUAAACACUGCGGCCCAGCCUUCUGUUUUGCAGACCCAGCAAUUAAAAACAGUACAGAUUGCGAAGAAGACGCGAACCCCAACUUCUGGCCCAGUGAUCACCAAGCUCAUCUUUGCCAAACCAAUCAAUAGCAAAGCUGUCACAGGGCAGACCACUCAAGUGUCACCAGUCAUUGCAGGUAGAGUUCUUUCACAGUCUGCUCCAGGAACACCACCAAAAACAAUAACGAUCUCUGACAGUGGAGUCAUUGGAUCAUCUUUGACUACAACAACACAACAGACACCAAAUAAAAUAGCUAUCUCACCCCUCAAAUCCCCUAAUAAGGCUGUGAAAUCGGCGGUGCAGACCAUUACUGUAGGGGGAGUGGGUACGUCUCAGUUCAAGACAAUUAUUCCCUUGGCUACUGCGCCCAAUGUUCAGCAGAUUCAGGUACCUGGAAGCAAAUUCCAUUAUGUCAGACUCGUUACUGCCACAACAGCCAAUAGUUCAACCCAAUCGGCCAGUCAGAAUCCCACUACGAAUACACAGCCUCUUCAGCAGGCAAAGCCGGUGGUGGUAAACGCAACGCCCGUGCGGAUGUCUGUUCCCAUAGUGCCAGCACAGACUGUGAAACAGGUAGUGCCCAAACCCAUCAACCCAACUUCCCAGAUAGUUACUACUAGUCAGCCCCAACAAAGACUUAUUAUGCCAGCCACUCCACUGCCACAGAUACAGCCCAACCUCACCAACCUCCCCCCGGGCACUGUGCUGGCACCAGCACCUGGCACAGGAAACGUCGGCUAUGCAGUCCUUCCAGCUCAAUAUGUCACACAGCUACAACAGUCAUCCUAUGUAUCUAUAGCAAGCAACACUGGCUUUACAGGGACAUCCAGUAUCCAGUCCCAAGCACGGCUACCAUUCAAUGGAAUAAUUCCUUCUGAAUCUGCAAACCGCCCCAGGAAGCCUUGCAAUUGUACUAAAUCUCUGUGUUUGAAAUUGUAUUGUGACUGUUUUGCAAACGGUGAAUUCUGCAAUAACUGCAACUGUACAAAUUGUUAUAACAACCUGGACCAUGAGAACGAUAGGCAAAAAGCAAUAAAGGCCUGCCUUGACAGAAACCCUGAAGCCUUCAAGCCCAAAAUAGGGAAAGGGAAGGAAGGAGAGUCGGAUCGGAGACACAGCAAAGGGUGUAACUGUAAACGCUCGGGAUGUCUCAAAAACUACUGCGAAUGUUACGAGGCAAAAAUCAUGUGUUCUUCCAUAUGCAAAUGCAUCGGCUGCAAGAAUUUUGAAGAAAGCCCCGAGCGGAAGACGCUGAUGCAUUUAGCAGACGCUGCAGAAGUGAGGGUGCAGCAGCAGACGGCUGCAAAGACCAAGUUAUCUUCCCAGAUCUCAGAUCUGCUGACCAGGCCCGCGCCGGCACUCAGCAGCGGCGGGGGGAAGCUGCCCUUCACGUUUGUCACGAAGGAGGUGGCCGACGCCACCUGCGAAUGCCUCCUGGCCCAGGCUGAGCAGGCAGAGAAGAUGGGCAAGUCCAAAGCGGCGGCGGAGCGCGUCAUCCUGGAGGAGUUUGGGCGGUGUCUGAUGAGAGUCAUCAGCUCUGCAGGGAAGUCCAAAAGUGACCCUUGUGCCAUGAACUGCUGACUCGCGCACGGGAGCCCUAACGAAGCGGACUGGACAGAACACUUAAGGCACAGGGACACUUUGGUUUGGCACGGGAGGAUUUAAUAAUAUUUGUUAAUUUGGUGCUUGUUGUAAAUUGACCUGUGUAAGAUUGAAACGAGAGAAUCUUUUAUAACGAGACGUAGAGCCUUUUAAAACUUAGCUAAAUCCUCUUAUACUUAAGACAAUGCCUAAAGGUCAAUUCUUCUUCCCCCAUGUACAGCUUUUACCUUAGGUUUCUUAAAAAUUAGGUGUGCUCUCCCCUUUCCCCCAGAAUAAUUGCCUGAAGGGCGUAUAUAAAUUAUUAUGAUAUAUAAUAUUUACAGUGUAUGGAGUUGCAUCACUCUGUGCAUACAGGUGAUGUCAACAGCCGGGUGACACUUUCCACGACAGGCCCAGGUAUCAGUGAUGCGAGAGAGUUCUGAAGAAAAUUGUGUAAAAAAAUUAGCAUCUAAGUGGAAGGUAGUAUUUUUGUUUAGGACCUGACAGGGCACGUUCCCUUGGUGCACGGCGCGCUGCGACACAGACAGUGACACAGAGAAGGUUUCUUACAGAUGUAGCAUGGGACAAGUGGUGGAGGAUCUCGGUGGAGCAGGGCUCAAGGAGUUUGGAGGCAGAUGGAAUUGAUGGGGGAUUUUUUGAUAGGAACUGAGGUAGGCUGAGAGCUCAGGUGGUUCUUGAGCUGGAGCUUGAAGGCUGAGACAGCGGUGGGCUGUCCUCAGAGGUGAGGAGCAGCCACACCACGACGGCCGAUUGUCUGCCUGGUGUCACCUGUCACCAAAGCGUGCAGCAGGUGGAUGCUGUGGCUUGGAUGAAGCUUGGUUGUUCAGAGCAUGAUCCCUCUCAGUCUGGUGUCUGUUCUAAGAUCCAGUGAUAACCCUGGAGAAGUGUUUAAGGCUGAGGAGCUGAGGUCACGUGAGAUGGAGGAACCACAGUGGUCUUAAUGAGGACUUGAGACAAUCUGCAUCCCAAUCGACUCGCAAAGGCAGGUGGAGAUCAUGUUCAGCCUGGUGGUGGGUUUUCAGGAGGUUGUUUCCCCGUAUCUUGGUCAUUUUCUUUGUGUAAGGAGUUUUUUUUAGUGUUGUUCAGAAUGGCUGUGAGACCGUCAGAGAGGAUGCUAGUGCAGAAUCAGGAUUGCUGCCAAAACAGACACACAGAUCCUUUUACACCCAGCCAUGAGGCAGGGGAAAUGUGUGUAUAGACUGGGAGAGGGGAUAUUUUUUCAGUAUUUGUUGCAGGCAAUCUCAGAUCACAGUUUUGAUAGUGGAACACAUGUACAAAAUGAAGCCGGUAGGACACUUACCGCCAGCGUCGAUAGCUGUGUUUAAUCACAGGCAUUUUUAUUACUUCUCUCAUGGAAGCCUGAACUAGCUGGGUUUUUCCAAACACGAUUUUGUAUUCCUUGUGUAAAACUGUAAAUACAGAGAAAUGCAGCAGAGCUCUUUCUCUAGGUUUUCUAGGAGGGCCAGGCUAGGGAAUGCCGUGGCGACAGGGUGGGAGGAUGCUUCCCUCUUGUCUUCACCCCCCAGUCCUUUCUCCUUCACCCUUCUCUGGUGUCCCCUUGAAAUGCCUGGGGGGCAGGAGGGCCCUGGGGGGCAGGAGGGCCCUGGGGGGCAGGAAGGCCCUGGGGGGCAGGAAGGCCCUGGGGGGCGGGCAGCAGACAAGGUCUGACCCGCCAGGGAGCAUCUGAAGGGCCCUGGCUGCUGUUAACACCUCCCCCCCAAGCACAAAGAGCAAUUCUAUUUGUGCAAAGCUCUGAAAAGGGAAUCCACCUCUUGUGUAAGUAAAAGCCAUUUAUUAUUUUUUUUCCCAUAAUUAGGACUUGGAUUUACUAAAAAAAUCAGUGCAGUAACUUUACAUGUAGAUAGCGCGGAUAUUCAGUUUACUUCUAGUGACCUAAUCUAGUAUGUCCAGUAAGAUUUGUAUAAAUGUAAAUUAGUGUAAGUGAAUAAAGUUAAUACCUACUUACGUUAUUUUUCAAACAGAUUGCAAUAUGCCUUCUUUUGUUUAGACUUCAAUCCAUGUUAAUUUUGUAUAUAUUCCGUGUCUUACUCUAAAAUUGCACCUUUUUGUGAUGUGUAUUUAUAUACAGUGUGCAAAAACACUUGUGAAAUUUAGAUGACAGUUGUAAUUAUGUAUGAUGGCAUUGCUUGAGAAUAUUUUGCUUGUAAAGACUUUGAUGAAGGUGCAAUCAAACGCUCUUAGUUCUUCUAUUUUGUUUGGAACAAGCUCUCUCAAAGGUUCAGCUCGGACCCCUCUCCCCCCUCUCCCCGCUGUACGACGUGUGGGUUGGGUUUUGUACUUCCUCAGCCAUUUGCAUCAAACUGCUGGACAAGAUUUACAGUCAAAAGUUCAUCCAGUUACAUGAAAAUAAUUGGGAAUGGGGCAAGGGUUCAUUUUCUAGUUCUGUUUACAUCUAAAAGUAGAAAAAAAAAUAAAUUUAUAUUUACUAGACCUA